AGCCAACAUUAUAGAGAUAUUAUUAUCUGCAAUCAUGAAAUAAUUAAAAAUCACGGGAUUCACACAAAAAAGUAAAUUCAAAGUAUUACAAUAUUGCACAUUUCAUUUCUGUCUCUUAAUCCGUGAUUUAUAAGUUACAACUUUUGAUUCUGACUCCCGGCUGUUCCAUGUUUAAAUUGCAAGUUAUAAAUGCAACUGAAAGGCGAACAGCAAUAGUUUUUAUUCUGUUUUGUACAGCAUCAUUAUUUUUAUUAUUGUAAAAUCAAACUUUUCUAAUCGACGAUAGAGAUUUAAGAUGAAUAGUCUGUCGACUAGUGAAAGAGCAUUUAGGCUUUUGAAUGGUAUUGUGUGUUUGUAUAAACCGGCUGGAGUACACCUAAGUGGUUGUCGCCAUUCAUUGCUAUUAAAGUUAACGCAGGAGUUGAAUUUAUGCGGUGUUAGAUCUCCAGAAAAUCGUGUUGUCAUUUCCGGAGACACAACAAAAGAACUGAAUGUAAAAGUAGAGUCCAGUUAUGCAGACAAUGUACUUGUCGUUGGUCCCAGGUACCAAACCCAAGACAUUAAGUGUAUUUGGACCACUCAUUUGGGAAAGCGUGUAUCAGGCGUUUGUGUAAUUGGACUAAAUAAGGGUACCAAAAUGGCAAGAAUUCUUCAAAACAACUAUCCAUUGCGAACAUAUCAUUUACAUGGGCAAUUGGGAAUUAUGACCAAGAAUAUGUACAUUGAUGGCCAAGUUGUUGAGAAGGGACGUUUUGAUUUUGUGAAACGUGAAAAUGUUGAUAAACUUAUGUCUACAAUACAGGCAUCAAAUCAAAAAAAGAUGUUUGAGCUGGCCAAUGUAGACACUCAAACUCAAACAGCAUAUGAUUUAGCUACAAAAGGGUUGAUUCGCCCAGCAUCUACCAAAAGUCCUUUAAUUUAUGGAAUUAAAUGCAUAAGUCUAGAUUUACCAAAUUUCAUCAUUGAAGUUAAUAUUAUUAAUGAAUAUGAGAGUUAUUUAUUAUCCUUAGUCCAUGAAAUAGGACUUAAGUUAAGAUGUUCAGCAACAUGUACUGCUAUACGCUGUAUAAGAUAUUCGUCAUUUACCAUUCAACAAGCACUUCUAAUGAAACAUUGGAAUCUCCAAUAUGUGUUAGAAAAUAUGAGAGAAUGUAAUUCUUCUUACAAACAAUUGAGUGAACUACCUUCAUUUAUUACUGAACAAUCUUAUUUUGAAUCUAAUCAAAAACUGACUGGCGUACAAUAAUUUUAUUCAAUAAUCUUCUAUUAACCCUCUGUGGAUUCUUUCUUAGCGGUGACGGCAUUUACCAUGAUUGCGGACAUCGGUAACAGUUAGUGCAGAACUUAUGUUAACCUUAUCUCCACACAACAGUAAUUUUGGAGAAUCAACUUUUAUUCAGUAAAAGUUUUGUAAAAUAUAUGUAGGUAUACUAUUUAUAUAAUAAUA